AAACUGAGGCUCAGGGAGAAACCGAGACAUCACCAUGGUCUCCGGGAUUGUUCCUGAUCCCCCACCCCUAGCUGACAUCCGGCUGAGAUUAAAUCAUUCAAACCAAGUGGUGAGAUGUGGGGCCCUGAAACAUGCUUCCUUCACUCGCACCUCCUACUUGAGCCUCUUCAGAAAGCGGCCAGAGCAGGCUGAGGAUUACGUCCCACCAGUGCUGCGUCUCCUGGAGAAGAGGCAAGAGCUGGUAGAUGCAGACCAGGCCCUGCAGGCCCAGAAGGAGGUGUUCCGCACCAAGAUGGCAGCCCUGAAACAGCGCUGGGAACAGCUGAAACAAAAGGAGCGGGAGUUAAAGGGAUCGUUCAUCCGCUUUGACAAGUUUUUGCAGGACUCCGAGGCCCGGCGCAAUUGCGCGCUGCGGAGGGCGGCGGAGGAGCGGCACCAGGCGGGCAGUCGGGAGGCUGAGGCCCUGCGUCUGCGGACCCAGCUCGAGGAGCUACGUCAGGAACGCGCGCGGCUGCAGCGCAGGCUUAAGCGCCUGGAGCCCUGCGCGCGCCUGCUGGAGCAAGCGCUGGAGCUGCUGCCCGGGUUCCAAGAGGUCCCGGAGCUGGUGGCGCGCUUCGACGGCCUGGCCGAGACGCAGGCGGCGCUGAGGCUCAGGGAGCGCGAGCGGCUCGCGGAGCUGGAGGCGGCGCGAGCGCGGCUGCAGCAGCUGCGGGACGCCUGGCCGGACGAGGUGCUCGCACAGGGCCAGCGGCGGGCACAGCUGCAGGAGCGCCUGGAGGCUGCCAGGGAGCGUACGCUGCAGUGGGAAUCCAAGUGGAUUCAGAUUCAGAAUACAGCAGCGGAGAAGACUCUGCUCCUGGGACGCAGCAGGAUGGCUGUGCUCAACCUGUUCCAGCUAGUGUGCCAGCAUCAGGGGCAGCCGCCCACCCUGGACAUUGAGGACACGGAGGGACAGCUAGAGCAGGUGAGGGCCCCUCUUUAUGGCACCUCCAGCCCCCAAACACUCCCUCUUUGGAAAAAUGAGGUACCUAAAACCCCACAGUUAGUGACACCUUCUCUGGGUUAAGCAUGGCCCUCUAAGGUCAGAGCCCUUGCCCCAGCCGUGGCUCGAUCGCUGCACAGGCACCUGGUCUAGGAUGGAUUCCUGGGUGCAUCUUGGCUCUGAUAGUGGCCAGAAGAAAGCCAUGCCCUUCUCUGCGACAAAGCUAGACUCCAUCUCAAAAAGGAAAAAAAAAAAAAAAAGUAGCUGGUCUCAAUGCCCUCCCUCUACCAGGAAGGCCAGGGUUUGUGCUGAGUCUCUCUUUUCUCGCAGGAUCCAACAGCCCACACGUGUCAACACCUGUAAAAAAUCAUGAGGUCCAGACUUGCCCUUCAUUCAUCUCUGGCCCUCUGGCUCCCUGCUUCCUGCACAGAGAGGCCUCAGCUUCCACAGGGAGGGUGAGGGUGGGGUUAGGCUGAGUUGUGCAGUGUAGAAUGUGACAUAGGCUUUUUUUUUUGAGACAGAGUCUAGCUCUGUCACCUAGGCUGGAGUGCAGUGACACGAUCUCAGCUCACUGCAACCUCUGCCUCCUGGCGAUUCUCCUGCCUCAGCCUCUCGAGUAGUUGGAAUUACAGGCACACACCACGACACCCGGCUAAUUUUGUAUUUUUAGCAGAAAUGGGGUUUCACCAUGUUGGCCAGGCUGGUCUCGAACUCCCAACCUCAAGUUAUCCUCCUGCCUCAGCCUCCCAAAGUGCUAGGAUUACAGGUGUGAGCCACAGCACCCAGCAUAACAUAGGUCUACAAUGGAGGGAGAUUUCAGACUUCAAAUACUUCUUUUGUUUCUAGUGGGUAUACCCAAAGCAUGGUCCCUUUGAGAAGUGGAGGCAAAGUAAAGGUGUAGCAGGACGAGCCACAGACAAAACUCCUCAGACACUGGAUUAAAGAAGGAAGAGGUUUUUAUUCGGCUGGAAGCUCGGCUCUUAAGACUCGAGUCUGCCAACGCUCCCAGCCGAAUAAAAACCUCUUCCUUCUUUAAUCCGGUGUCUGAGGAAUUUUGUGUCAAUCCGGUGUCUGAGGAGUUUUGUCUGUGGCUCGUCCUGCUACAAAGGGAGGCAUCCCACCUUUUCCCCAACCCAUUCCCAUUCCUGUUCUGCCCAAUGGCCAGGAUUCCAACCUAAUGCCAAGAUCUGGGUCCUGGGAAUUGGCUUCACCCCUCCUAGUUGGUUGAAUGCAUUGAUGCCACUAUUCUUCCAAGCCUGGCCUGUUACCUGGUUACCUUGUGGCACCUGAGACUAGCAGAAACACAGGCUUGAUGUAAACAGGCAAAAGUCAGUGCCUUUUCUUUUAGUCCAACUGGAGUAGUGGAAAUUAAGAAGAAAUAAAAUCUGUAACCGGUUGUAAUCAAUUAGUUGUGAACACCACUGCACUAGGACCAGACCAUCUCUUUUCAAAAUCAACUCUCUGCCCCUGUCAAAGAGAAAGGCUCCAUGGAGGGACAUUAGGCCUUUUCCCAC